UCUCUCUCUCGCCCUCGAACUGGAACAGACGAGCUCGACGAGGUCUGCACCGCAACCUAACACCGACAGCGACGAGCUCCUCCGCCGACGUUGAUGAGGUCCGCGCACCGGAACCUACCACCGAGGCCGACGAGCUCCUCCUUUCUGUCGAACAGCUCCUCCUUCACCAAAUAAACUGUAACAAUAGCUCCUCCUUUACCCAGACACAACAGAUCAAUUUCUUUAGGAAUCUAUAAGUUUUCUCAUAUAGUUGUGGGUAUUAAAGAAAAAACUAGAGAGAUUUAGUGACAACAUGAAGUAUAUUUAGAUAGCUGAAGAGGAAGGUGCUGAGGCUAUCAGAAUCCUUCACCCAAAUCAAGGAUGUCAACUCUCAGCUUAUUGCUUCCACUUUGAAACAGCUCAUUGAGGACCCUUUGCAGUAUGUGGACCAGUCACAGAGGUGGAAGAUCAAGAGCUCUUUUGGAGAUAUUGGCCUUACUUAUAGAGACGACGAGACCAUUGCUUAUGUUGCUUCUAGAAUGCCAUUUGUCUUCUCUGCUUGUCACAGAGUACUCAAGGAGGUUCGUACAAUGCUGCCAGGUUUUUCUCCUGCUAAAGUGUUGGAUUUUGGUGCUGGCACGGGUUCGGCUUUCUGGGCACUACGAGAAGUCGGGCCGAAUUCCUUGGGGAAAGUUAACUUAGUAGAGCCAUCACAAUCAAUGCAGCGUGCAGGCCAGAGCCUUAUACAAGGUCAGAAGAACUUAACACUUAUUCACAGUUAUGCUACCCUCCAAUCAAUGACUAAAAGCAUCAACAAAUCAGAGAGAGAACAUGACCUUGUAAUUGCUUCCUAUGUGCUUGGAGAGAUACCAUCGCUGAAGGAUCGAAUUACUGUAGUACGCCAACUUUGGGAUCUUACGUGGGAAGUCCUGGUAUACCUCCAAACCUACAACUCCUGGAUAAGUUUCAUGUUUCAUUGUGGUUUGAUGAAAAAAAAAAAAAAAAAAAAAACAUAAAUACAUAAAAAAUAAUUGUUAUGGCCAUGUGAUCACUCACUUGCAUGGUGGCUUGCAAGGAAUAUAUUUAUGCUUGAGUAAUCACUCACUUGCGAUACUGACUAAAAGUUUUGGAGCGUUAGCAGUUAAUGUUUUGAUUAUACCUUGGUGUUAGCAGAAUGUAAAAAGAUUUUAAAUGUUCUGUAUCUAUGCAGAAUUUGUUCAGUUAAUUUGAAAUGCAAUUUUUAUUUUCUGUAGUGUUUUCUUUGCACCUAAAGAGAUUCUUGACAUUUUAUAUUAUGUUUUGGGCAAGUAAAAGCUGCAUUACUGAGGCUUUAAAUUCCCAAAUAGUUUGAGGGUAUCAUACUGGCAAUAAAUGACAGGAACAUCUAUUGAGAUUGUGAAGACAUCAGAUGAAAGAAAGAGCGGUAUAAAAUUCAUUUUUAUUAGUGUAAUGAGUAACAAAAUAA